AUGAAUGCAAGCAGUAGCAGUGGGGGCAGCAAUGCAUGUUUCGUAAGUGAAGGAUGCAGUAAGUAUGUGAUACCAGGUGAUCGACUGUUUCCUAUUAGCGAGCAGUUGAAAGCAGGUAUUGGUACUUACGAAUUGUUCGGACAUAUUUAUGCAUCGUUAGCUGGUACCCUACAUAUGUAUACAACUGUCGAGCGUGAUAAAGAAAUGAAAAUCGUGGAAGUGCGACGAGAAUCGGAAAAAGAGAAACGACAUGUCAUGCCAUAUGUUGGAUGUAUUGUAACUGCAAAGUUUGAGUUGUCAAGCGGAAAAUUGUAUUUUCCGGUGCAAAAUAUUGGCCAAAGAUUUGCCAAGUGUGCGAUACACUGUGUAGAAUGUUCCGCUUUAUCUCACGAAUUUAAUGGAAUAUUGAGGAAAGAGGAUAUAAUGGCUGUCGAGAAAGAGAAAACAAAACUGGAGCAGUGUGUACAUCCCGGUGAUGUUAUUCUAGCACGUGUUAUUGGCUUCGGUGAUAAUCAGCAUUCAUAUUUGCUCAGUACCAUAGAAGAUGAAUUGGGUGUUGUGAGCGGUAUUGGUGAUUUGGGUGAGCGGAUGGUACCGUGUUCUUUUAGUGAAGUAAAAUCAGUUAUAACAGGUGCGCGUGAACCUCGAAAAGUUGCACGUAUACCUGAUUUGAAUCAUUAA